AGCUAGCUGCGUUGUCUGUAUUAUUUCAGUAUUUUUGGGCUUGGUUCUGUGCACGUGGGAAACGUCCUAAAAACUUACUGACCUGUACUACAUGUUUUGUAGCUUGCAUGGCGCCGUGACCAUCUGCAGACUAAAAAACAAGAGUUAGUAUCCUUUCAUUUCCCCAUCUGGUAUACCUGAUUACAGAUCACGCAUUGUAUUGGCGCACCUCUGCUUUUCUGCUUCGGAAUCGUCUCGAGCGAUACAAUCAUCUUCUGUUACGCUCCGAGAACAGGAAUGUUUGAAGCUGAAUGCGAGCUGGAAUCGCUAAAAGGACCUGGCUGUAGUAACUACGCCACAGUCUUUGCUUCUGGUGCUACCUGCUGUGCAACAACGAAAAGUGUCGCCAGGCCGGCGAGCGACUAGCAGGAGGCGAGCAUACACAGGAAUCAAGGUUUGUUGACAAAGCUAGCCGUGAUUGCUGCGGCGUGGCAACAUUGUAGACAAAUGUGUAAUAUCGUCAGUACUGAAUUGUAGCACAAUGAACUCUGCUGAAAAGAAGGUCCCUUAUGAUGGCAAACAUAUCUCUAACAACAAAGGACGGAUAAUCUGGUCGGGUCCACUGCUUAACAAGGACAAGUUCUUGGCCAAUGUCACGCUACUAUCAUACUGCGGCGAGCCAUUCCCAGGGUCCAUGUGCGAGUCUUUGAACAUCAAGACGAAGGCAACGUUUGCUAAAGUGCGCGCUUACUUGCCCGUUCCGGUUUUCAGAACUGGCCCACCAGCUGUGACACGAUCGCCCAGUGUUCAACAUGGCCCUAAUCGCUAUUAUUAUUGUGAGCUUUCAGUUCAGAAUGACCAGUAUGACAAUGUUGGUAAACUCUGUAAUUACUUCCUGAUGAAGGAGUGGGCGGGCUUAGUCGAGUGGAGCAACAGGAAAAUUUACAUCAUUCCAUCGUGUAGUCUGAGCCACGAACUUGGGCUUACCAUCCCUGACGCUGCGAGCCAGGUUCGAUCUGUUCACGUGCUUUGUGCUUGGAAGGAUGGAACGUGCCCUGCUGCGCCUAUUCCUGCCACUCUUAGUGCCGAACCACCACGUACAUACUCCACAAAGGUGCGUGUGAAGAGGAAGGGUGAGCCACCGUUGGCAAUGCAACACAGUGGCAGGUCAAUGUCCCCUUCUGGUAGUCUGGCAAAUUCCGGUAAUGCUGCUGCUGCUGGUGCAGGUAAUGGUGUUGCUUCAGUCAGUAGUUUGGUCGGCGCGGCGACUGCGGAGAAUGUCAGUGGUUUGGUCGGCGCGGCGACUGCGGAGAAUGUCAAACGACACCGAGAAGACCCGCGGUCCUUACCGAAGAUUGCUUGUAAGCCAGACAAGGCCAUACCUUCAAUGCCAUCUGUGCCUGCUGACCACCCUGGUCAUUCUAGUGUAGCUGGCAAAACUCCAGGUGCAAUGCUUGUUCCGCCACAUGAAGAGAGACUUCCUGCUGAAGCAACAAUGCCGCUACCUCCACGGCACAAUGCAGCUUCUGGUAGUUCACCUGCAAACACAGGACCUUCACAGCCAUGUUCAGACAUGGUACCCUCUCACGGGCCAACCAUUAGUGACAAUAUGACUUCUGCUGGCACAGCGGGGAGUUCUAUGCAGCAAACAGCACCUGUCAGGAAUGAACCAGCCAUUGCUCAGCAUCCAAGUAAAGUUAUUGUCAUCAAGGAAGAGCCCAUCAGUUCUGACACCUUUCAGCAAGGAAAUCAACAGCAGCAGCAACAACAGCAGCAACAGCAGCAGCAGCCACAACAACAGCAACAGCAGCAAUUACAGCAUCAACACCCAUCACCCCAGCAGCACCACCAGCAGCAGCAGCAGCAUGAUCCAACACCCCAGUUAUACAAUCAGGAGCAGGAUAGUGAUACACAACUACCCUUCAUUCCACCGCAGUCGCACAUGCAGCAUCAACCACAGCAUCAGCUUCAUUCACAGUCCCAUCAGACCAACAGCCAGCUACAGCAGCAGCAGCAGCAGCAUCAGCAUCAGCAGCAACAUCCGCAGCACCAGCAGCAACAUCAGCAGCAACAUCAGCAACAACAACAGCAACAACAACAAAAGCAGCAGCCCUCACACCUGACACCACCAACAGAACAAAGCCAUCACCCUGCUGCAGGUGCUAGGUACUCUGAUAGGGAAUCUAGACAAGGCACAAUCUCUGGUGUUGGUCUUCGUGGUGGUGACAGUACUGCUGGUAGUGCCACUGUUGGCAGUACUGCUUCAACAAGUUCUGUGGGUCCUAACUUAGGUGCUGCACUAAAUCAGGGGUUCACCCCUUCCUCGGCCCGUAAUGUGGAUGAGCCAUCAGGAGUGUCAGUACACCAGCACACUACUGAUUACCCGCACACUGAUGUUGUGGACGGUAUACCUACUGGGUAUGUACAUACAAGCACACAGCCACCGGCAGUACAGCCUCAAGGCCGAGCAGUCGGUGGCAAUACAAUGGCAUCAGCGCUCAUGGGUAGUGUGCCGUCAUCUCUUGCCAUGGCCAAGCUCAUGCAAGUGGCAUCAAGCAACCCAUUCCUCCUCCUUUCACUCGCAGCAUUACCGCCAGAGCGUGUCAAUGAAUUGACAAGUGCCGUGGCCGAUAUCAUGUCCAAGAACACAGCACAGUUGGAUUCUGUUGCUGUCUCAGAGCGUAUUCAACAGCAAGUUGUUCAGCUAUUGAUGACACAGCAGUUCCGUAGUGCGGGCUCUAACAGAGCUGCCGACGCUGGAGAGGUCACUGGGUCUACUCAAUCACAGGAUUCAGUGGCAAUGCCUCCUGCGUCAUCACAUCGGCAUGUACAGCGAUCUGCUGGCAGCUUUGCUCGCUCCAGUGCCACUGCAAUCUCUAUCGGUAACCCUGCCAAUGUUUCUCACAACCAACAUCACAGCCUGUCAGGUGUAGGUCAUGAUCACCAGGUGUCUGCAGUGGAAUCACCUCAGCAUCUUACAUCCCGUCCUGGAACUGUACCUACUGACGGUACAGGUGCAACAGCACUGCAUACUGAUGAUCCAUCAGGUCAGCUGCAGUCUAAGGCAGUCAAUACUUCUAGUGCGUAUGGAACAUCAACGUAUCUCACAGCUGGUGAUUUGGACAGUGCAAUGGAGUAUGAGCCACUUGUCGGUGAGGAAGUUGAAGUUCUUGAUUCGGACCAGCUGUCUAUGCAAGGUAUUCACCGUUCUCCUCCUCCACCAGUCCGUCGUUCGGCUGACAGGUUGGUGAGCCGAAGUCAGAGCCCUGUGCCCUAUCCAGACACGUCCACAGCAGCUCUGGACUUGACCGAAGGAGACCGCCAUGCUUCAGCUGGGUGUCAUGACAGCAGCUCAUCCAGUAGUGAAGCAGGUUCAGAUUCACGCACUACUGAGCAGCACUCUUGGCAAGGACGAGCAAGGCAAGAGAAACGCAAGCAUCGUCACAAAAAGGCUCACCGUAGUGGCGGCAGUGUUAGUGCUGGCAGUCGUAAACAGAAGCAGCCUAAGAAGAAGAAAAAGAAGAAACCGAGCUCCAAGAAACCUGAAGACAGUACGCCGCCACCGCAGAGAGUAAGUAGUACUGCUCAUUCUACAUCAACCAAUUCUCACAAGAAAAAGAAGAAAAAGAAGAAGAAAAGCAAUUUGAAAGCCAGAUCAAGAUCUGUAUCCCCUUCUGAAUCAGCAUCUCCAGUAGCAGCGGCAGCAACAGCUCCACCUUCAAAAUAUGGCGCACCAAAGAAAAGUAAGAAAGGCAAGGCAUCUCAGAGUCAAGUCACCUCUAGCAAGGCAUGUGAGAGCAGUCGCAAGCGAACCUCUAAGCUUUCAUCCAGUGAUUCUGAUGUGAUGCACGGCCGCAGGGCUGCCAAACUUGUCCGGACUAUGCUGCCGAGAAGCGAACAAUCACACUACCGGUCCAGGUCCAAGGAAGAUGAUUCGAGCACAGCACGGCAGUCCAGCCACAGUACUGAGCGUGAUGGCCGCCAGCAGCAGCAGCAGCAGCUGCAGAAUACAGACACUGCUCGCGGAGGGGACAGUCGUAGAAAAUUACUGUUCUCUGCUUCAUCAAGAUCACGGUACUCGCCUAUUCGGAAACCUUCAAGUCCCAUGCCAGCACCUACUACAGGAUACUCUCAGCCCUGUGGUAAAACCCGUGAUAAAACCCGUGAUAAAACCCGUGAUAAAACCCGUGAUAAAAGUGUCUCGUGGCGAAGCAGACAAAGAGCGAGUAGAAAUGAUGGUGAUGACAAGAGCUGCAGUGGUAGUGACAGUGACAGUGGGCCAGGUCAUCACAAAGAGCUGAUGAAGGAGAAUGUGGCCACUCCUAAUCACAAAGAGCUGAUGAAGGAGAAUGUGGCCACUCCUAAGCAAGCACGGAACAUUCCAUCAUUUGUGCCAGCCAUGGAUAAUAGGGCCGAUGCUGGGCAAGUGCAGAGUAGCAAAGUGUCGUCUCAGAAACACACUCUUCACUCACAUGCGCAGCUUAUUGCGCCGUCUACCAGCCUCUCUUCAUUGAGAGCAUUCUCAGAUGAAAGCGAGGGUUCUCCCUCAUCACCACCGCCAAUGUCUGAACCCAGCAGGAAGCCAUUGGAGACCUCCAGUGUUGAUAAGUCACAGCAUUCUGAUAAGUCACAGCAUUCUGAUAAGUCACAGCAUUCUGAUAAGUCACAGCAUUCUGAUAAGUCACAGCAUUCUGCAACAACAUCAACAAGUGUAGAAAAAGUUAGGACGAAUGCUAAAAGUCGGAGAGGCCUUUCAGGUUUUCACUGGAACAGCUCUACGGUCACUGGCCGGCGCUUAGGCCAUCGCUUUGCAGUCAAGGAUGCAACCGCAAGCAACGGCAUACUGGAAUUGUCAACAUCGACAUCGAGUCAGAAGGCGGCCAGCUCUGCAGCGGAGAUGAAGACUACAGUGUCCGGGAUAUCCUCUCCACUCUCUCAGCUCCAGCAAGCCAGUCCAGUUUCUAGCCAGCCAGUUGUCCAAGCUUCCUCACAGCCACCUAGGUAUUCCUUCUUCAAGCCAUCCAAGAUUCUACAACCACUGCUUGCCCGACCACUGAACACUGUGAGCAAAGCCGCAACAAGCAGGGAUUUGAAACCCAGUGCUUAUCUCCGGCAGAUCCUUGACAAAUAUUCGGACAAGACGCCAGGCCUGUGUACAAGUACACGUUCUACUCGAAUUGCUACACCACCUCGUCAAACACUACCUUCGCUGUAUUCACAACAAACUGGGAAAGGCUUGAAGGAUCCACAAGCUUCUGAAUCGCCAGACACGUCAGCACAAACGCAAGCGUCUGCAAGUGAGAUGGACAGCACUGAUGAAUCGUCACGUACUAGAUUGAUUGACCUGACCUCUAUGGCGUCAUUCAGAACCGUUGUACAUGUAGAAGAUGGCGAUGUACUGGCCAAGCAUGCUCAGGAGCAGUUUGCAAAGAACGAUCUACCGUUGUCACCGACUGGUGCAUUGGAGCUAGCAGGGACCGAUAAGAACUCUGAUAUCAUUGUCUUAUGGAAUGGCAACAGACUGGCCAGUGUUGAUAGGCUGCCACGACUACAUGCAUUGAAAAGCAUUCCUAGAGUGCGAUUUGCAGCAUUCAAUUCCUUGAAAGAACUACAGACAGGACAGUUAAAGGAAUUCUUCCCCAAGUCAACGGGUGUCCUUGUGGCUGAUGCAGCUGCAAUGUUGAACACAGCACAAGAGACUAUGAAGCAGCUGGUGAGCUUUCUGAAAUCCAAAAGAAAGGCAUGGAGUCUCUUCUUGUCCAAGGCAGCAUUUGGCCAUGUUCUCUUUGAAAGCAGUUCUUGUGCUGAUGAGGCUGAUAACCUGAAGACUGACUUGGAACUGCUACGCAAAGAAGGUGUCAUCGCUGUCCUUACUGAGUUGGAUGACAUGGAUCUAUCCAGUGAGUCGUUUACUCAGAUGCAAUGGCUAGAUACGCUGAAGAAAAUUCAGGCACGGUGUGUGGAGAAAUUCCGCCAUGUUUCAUUCGUAACAGCAGAUUAUGUGGAGAGCAGCGCUGCUAAGCUAUUCAAUGCAGCUGGGAUUGAAAUAUCCAUGCUGGAAGAUUUCCUGGAUGCUUCUAGCAUGACAUGCAAGGGUAGUCCACCACUUCUCACUGAUACGAAGGAUACGAAAAAGGCCGCUGCAUCAGGAAAAUGUGAUGGCAAUAUUGCACUUCCUCGAAUGGAGCCCAAGCCUGAGCCUGAGCCCAAGCCUGAGCCCAAGCCUGAGCCCAAGCCUGAGCCCAAGCCUGAUCCUGAGCUAGUUGUGGUCCAAGAAGAUGUCAAGUUGUCAACCGAUGGCUGUACUGAUGAUGCUCCUCGAAAUGAGGAAGAAGAAGUUGCGUGCAGUGAAGGAGCAGCAGCAGAUGCUGUUCCUGGAGAUAGUAUAGCGACAUCCUCACCGCAAGAAGCAGAAACUACUGCUUCAGAUGGUAAAGACUCAUCAGCUGAAAUGAUGGCCAACGUAUCAACAGCAGCAGAAAUAGCAGAAACAGUAGCAGCAGCAGAGGCAGCAGCAGCAGCAGCCUCCUGUGCAGAUGGGGAUGAUGCACAGCUUAACUCAGAGGUAUUUACGGUGACCGCCGUAACAGCAGCUGCCACACAUGCAGCUAAAUCAGCAGAAGCUGUGACAACGAGUAACACAGUAACAGGUGCUAAAGGUACAAGUAAAGUACCAUCAUCAUCAUCUACUGCAGUGGUAGUAACAUCACCAUCCACUUCAGUAGCAACCACAGCUGCUGCUGCUGCUACAGCCACAUGCACAGUGACAUCAUCGUCCUCCUCCUCCUCCUCCUCCUCCUCCUCAUCAUCAUCAUCAUCAUCAUCAUCAUCGUCCUCCUCCUCCUCCUCCUCCUCCUCCUCCUCCUCAUCAUCAUCAUCAGUGGCAUCAGUGGCAUCAGUGGCAUCGGCUACGAUAGGAGAGACAGUGAGCCAAGAUGACAAGAAACGGGUAAUUGAGAAGGAGUCAAAGUCAGUGAAGACGAUGAAGUUGACCGAUAUACCUUUACCGCCGUCCCCACCUGCUGAUGAUGACGUGGAUCCGCCCGUCCCUCCACCGCCAAGCACAAGCUUCCGUAUCGGAACAUUGACAUUACCUAAAGCACCCCCUCCUGUCGCCCGCACUCCAGAGGAUCGCAUGGCUGCAGCUAUAUCUGCUGCGUUUUCUAUCGGAGCAGUACGUCCUCCGCCGCCACAGCCGCAGCCUGUACCGGCAGUUCAGUCUGCCAGUGCAGGCUAUCACACAGCACACUAUACACCACCGCAUGCACAGCAGCAUUGCAUGCAACGAGCCCCUAGUUACUAUGGAGCAGCUGCUAGCAGCAUGAUGUCAUCUAAUCAGUAUACAGCACAUGCACCAUCAGUAUACACACCACCCCGGCCACCGUCAUCUGCUCAGCAUCAUCAGCCACCUUUCUACCCUGCACAGCAACAUUAUCAGCCACCACUGUCUCCAUCAUCCCUAAUUCAAGCUGACUCAGCCCGACCACCAUUACAACCAGCAGCUCUUGGGCUAUGUCCACCACGUCCACUAUGUCCACCACGUCCACUAUGUCCACCACGUCCACUAUGUCCACCACGUCCACCACGUCCACCACGACCACCAUGUCCACCGACAGCAACAACCGUAAAUAGUGCUCCGUCUUGUAUUCAGCAAUUUCAACCUUUCCAGCGACACAUGGCACCCCCAGGUAACGUUACUCAUGCUGGACCGCCCGUUGCUCGUCCAUGUUGGCAACCAACCCAUCACUCACCUGUUUCAGCUGGCAGCAGGCACCCACCUGGCAUGCCGCCGGACUGGGAACAUGGCCGUUUAAAGGCACAAGCUUCCAAUGUGAACACUGUGGUUAGCUCCUCGCAAGCCCAAACAGCUCCUGACUCCACAGUCAGCUGUGCAAGGGAUCAGCGUAUGCCGUCCGUAAGUACUCAUUGUGCCACAGUGAAACAGGAACCUGGAAUACUACCCACUAGCUUGAGCAAUGAAAGCGAAAUAGCUCCAGCUUCAACACUAUCGUUUCGAGCCCCUGAGCAAAGUGAUUCAACAAUGCAAACAAUGCCCAUGGACACCCACGCUCGUUCUGGAAGUGCUCCAUCAAAUGUGGCCAGCAGUGACGACUGUGCGGUAGUCACACCUGAUCUUUACCACAGUGUAGCCAGCUCACAGCACCAGCAGCAGCAACAACAGCAACAGCAGCAACAGCAGCAGCAACAGCAACAGCAGCAAUGUGAGCAGAGUAUAGAGGAGCAUAAUCAUCAUCAUCAUCAUCAUCAUCAUCAUCAUGACUCUGACACAGCACAAGAAGAGAGACCCAAGGAGGACGUGUACAGACCAGCUACUGGCGACUGUACUGAGUAUGAAGGUCAGGCUACACGCUUCCAUAUCAAGCCGGAUGAGGAGUUAGCUGAUCAGGGAGACAGUAUACCUGAGCAAAACCACUAUUACGAAAGUCACCAGACAUCAGCCAGUGACAGGCAUGGAGGUCAGAGGGACACAAGCUUUGGCAGCUCUGUGCCACCAAUACAUCGUAGGGCAGCAGGCGACAGCAGCAACUACCGUGUUGAGAGUGCUGAUCACAUGUUGCCGUAUCAUGACAGACGUGACAAUGACCUCCAUGGCGGCGGGCAGAGACAUUCACAUACUAAUGAUGGAAGGCACCAUAAUCUCUAUAAACGACCGCUCCUCCAACAUCACGGUCAUCAAUGGCCAUCCCCACAUCCCGUGGAUCCUCCACACCAAGUGCAGCAUCGUCCACACAUGCCACAACACGACGACGCAUAUGGUGGACAACGGCUACCAUCGCAUGCCAGGUCACAUGUUGAGCACCAUGCAGCGCCACCGGUGGCACAUGGUACAUCUAUGAACUGGGAAGAGGAACAUUCUCAUUAUCAUCCCGACGACAUGGUAUUGGAUGGAGAAGCUCCAGAGUGGUACCAUCCUGCACAUUACAACCAAUAAUCCUAUUAUCAUCUGCAAUCAACCUCUCUCCCCUCCCUCUCCUCGAUCUGUGUCAACCAGGUGACUCUCACUCAACUAUCCUUAGUAUCACUCUCUAGUCCGUGCUUUAUGGUUUAGUAACCGAAAAUCAGUUUUCAAUUUCCAACUUAUUAAUUUGUGAUGUGUUGACUUGGGCCUACAUACAUGUACGAGCACCUGUGUGACACUUUGGAUGAUCAUGUUUCCGAUUCUUGCAGUGGUAUGAACUUGACGCACAUUCAGUGCCCUGCGCUUCAUGCUAACUUAGUAUUCAUUGCGGGUCAGUGGAUGUUAUCUCUGCAUGUGAUGGUGGUGUGCUUGAUUCCUACAUGCCAUUUUAUGGCUUUCCUGUUGAGUUCCUGCUCCACAAAUCUAGGAGCACUUCAUUGCUUCCCACAAUCGCCCCUGGAUUAUUAUUAUUAUUAUUAUUUGAAACUCGGGUAUUAUUAUUAUUAUUAUUAUUAUUAUUAUUAUUAUUGUGUCGUUGUCUAAGUUCUGGUGUGUAGUGCAUCACUGACCUAUGAUGUACAUGUAGGUAUGUGUGUGUUUUUGUGUACAUGGUGUGUAUGUGUGUGUACUCAGUGUUUCUAUUACAAUACUGCUCCCAUAUUCACUGGCGUGUUUCUAUUACGUGCAGUUUACAGCUGAAUAUUUUGCACAGCUUGAUCCGGACUUUCUUACCACAACUCUUGAAACGUAUUAUUCUUCGCAAAUAUUUCAUCAGUUGUGCAAACUUAUCCGAUUGCUUAUUUGAUAAACUGUUUUUCAUCAUGAGUCGUUUGUUCAUGGCAUAUAGAACUUUAAAUACUGUAAAAGCCAUUAUUCUAACCAGGCGCAUAUAAUUAUAACGAUUUCCCAAAAUCGACUGGUUUACGUGUACCAAAGGUAACGAUUCUCACUUAUUCUCAACGCUCAAUAGGACAGUAUAUGUAUCGAUUUCUGUAUAACGAUUUCUAUUUUAACGACAGAUUUCUCCUCGUUAACUCGUUAGAGUUAGCACUUCGUUA